AUGGACCCCAGGGGGCCAGCCCUCAAGCCUUUCCAGCAGCCUGAGAAACCUGGUCGUGUCCGCCGUCGGAAGACCAGGCGGGAGCGUAACGAGGCCCUGGUGGGCAGUUGCCGGUCAUUGGCCCAUCAGGAUCCUGCCGUGGCCAGUCGGGAUCCACAUGUGGUUCUCCGGAAUUCUGUGGCGCCUGCUGCCCCCAAGCUCGUGGUCAUAACCCAGGGGCGCCUGAGCCGGGAGCACCGGGGUCUCUUCAGCCACGAGGUGAAAUCUCUGGACGUGGCACGGCUGCUUAGCAGUGGGUCCCUAGAGUCAGGCACCCCUGUACUCCCCACCAAGUCCUCCCCAAGCCCAGGCAGGGCCCAAGAACCAGCCCCACCGUCAAGGGGCAAGGAAAACCAAGUGCCUGGAGCCUCGGGCCCAGGCCCACCCAGUCCCCCCCAGCUCCCUGGCUUGGGGCAGCUGCUGGGGGAGCUGCAAUGCCAGCUGAUUCUGCCACAGGCCUUCCCCAGGAGGAACCUAGUACAAGAGGCCAGGGAUGCCAUCGUGGGCACCUUACAGGCCUGCCAUGGCUGUGUGCCUGACCUUAGUCUGGUGCUCCGGGGCUGCCAGCCACACUUGCCAGGGACCAAGCCUAGGGGCCCUGAGAGACAAAGGAUGACAUCCUCCUGGAUCAACAGCCCUGAGGAGGCCCCAGGGGAGGGGAGGCAGAGGAGGCGAGAGGGGACAAAGGAGCUCACCUUUGCCGUGCCUCACACCUCCGGCACUCCUACUGUGUACCCGGUGAACCUGGCACCACCUAAAGGUCCCUGGCCACCCGCAUUGUCCUCGUUGCCUUCGCCAUCUGGGGCGGCCUGCGGCCCCCCAACAGCCUUUGAUCUGCUGAAAAGCAUCUGGCUGGUAGACACACCUCCCCCUCCCCGGCCCUGGGGGAUUGGCCCGCCACAACCCCUGCCUCAGCCACCAUCACCCUUGUUGUCCCGAACCUCUGCCCUGGACUGGAGCCCCAGCCCCCCUGCCCCACUGCCCAGCCUCUCCUGGAUGGUGGCCCGGAGCAGCCCAGAGGCCUGGUGCUUUCCACCCAUGAGGCUGUACUGA